UAAAACGGGGAACUCCUCCAAACGGACAAGAAGGUGUGAAGGGAGUCCCCAGCGGCUCCUGAAAGAGGUUUUGCCUGAGGGAAGGCUGCUUUCUCUCCCUUGAAAGCGGCCGGCCUUCUUUCCCGUCGAGGAAAAGUUGAGAAGGAACGAGCGCGCGCUUGCCGCCCAGCAGGGGGCGCCCUGGAGCAGCGCGAACGAGGAGGAGGAGGAGGGAGCGCGUGAGAGCCGGGCGGCGCGAGCCAAGGAGGGAAAAGGCACCGGGCGGCGCAUUCGGAAGCCCCAGAGCGGCGGCGCUCUCCUCUUCCUCCUCCUCCUCCUCCUGCUUCUGCUUCUCCCGCCUCGAUCGCCAUGGCUCCUGCGCUCCCCACCCUCGUCGCCCUCGCUGUCAUCACAGCAGGACUAAAUAUCAACUGUGCUUCAACCAAUACAACUGAUCCCAGCAUGGCUUCUCACACAAGCAGAUCUACGACAGGAAGAAUUGAAACUGAUCAUCCAGCAUCCACAUUCCACAAUAACUCUCCAGCAAGUACUAGUCCACCAGCUGCACUGUCAACUACUCUGUCUCUUAGUACUGCAUUGGAGGAUUCAGAACACACUACCACCACAGGUACUACAACUCCUCUGUCAGCAGUGGAGAUUUCAGCUACAACUUCUCCAUCAAAUACAUCGGACAUGAAUAUUUCAACAGCGUCACAGCCAAAUACAGAACAUACACUGUCUCCUGUGACUUCCUUUGCUAAUGCCACAACAGAAACCUUUACCCACUCUCAAACCCCAGCAUUUACCUCCUCACAGAGUUCAAAUGAUUCAAUCAGCAUCACUACUCCAUCACCAUCUGACAUUACCAAACUUAGCACAGCUGAAGUUACGCAGUUGUCAAGCACAGAAGCAUCCGUACCUGUGAGCACAAGCAAGAAAGUGCACACCGUAGAGGCAACAUCAAGAGAGACUCAUGUGAUAUCCACCUCCUCAAGCCCAUUGGAAUCCCUUACCUCUUCAGAAAUGACCCUAUCAAGUAAAGUUUCUCUAGAGACUUCUCCCACUGGGAGUACCACGUUCUCUUCAGGGAUAACCAUUCAGGCGGUUCAGCGUGCUUUGAGCCCAGGAAGCAUUGCAGCUAUAACUAUAACAGUGAUUGCAGUGGUUCUAUUAGUGUUUGGCAUAGCUGCAUUCUUGAAGAUCAGGCAUUCUUCUUAUGGAAGACUCUUUGAUGAUCAUGACUAUGGAUCCUGGGGAAACUACAACAACCCUCUGUAUGAUGACUCUUAAUUUUCAGCCAAAUAUUGUCAUUGUAUGUAUGAAGUAUGUGUUCCUCUAAAAGCACCAAGGUUUGAUAUCCUGCUACACAUGGCUCAAUGUUUUUGUUCCUCCCCCCCCCCCCUCCCCCGGUGAACCAUUUUGACUUCAGUACUGGCCAAAAUCCUGGAAAUAAGAUGGACUGAUGAGAAGCUUGCAGGAACAAACCAAGACAGAGUGUGAAAUUUGUUGCCACUGGAGUAGGCACAUCCACUGCAGGUUUUUACUCAUUUUUUUCAGCAAAAGAAGGCAAUCUGUGAGAAGUUGUCGUGACAGGACUGCUGUGACCAUUGAGUUCCCAGAAAAUUUGUUUAAUUGAGAAGUGAAGCUUUAUAGGAGAUCUGCCAAGAAGAAAGUAUGUGGCCUUUUUAGUUGUCAAUUAGCAAAAGUUCGUGGUAGGCUUUGCUCAGGAGGGAGUUUAAAAAUUAAUACCAAAUCUUGGGUUUUGUUUUAUUUAUCUUUAACUAGGUUGUCUUGAGAAUAUUCUAAUUAAAAUACAACUAAAUGUUGGAGGAACACCUGAUAUUGCACUGAGGGUCUUGUUAAGUAUCUACUUUUCAAGUGCUUCUGCAGAUGUCACAUUUCCCUUCUUUGAUUUCUUUAAGGUCUACCAUGUGCCUUGUAGUCGUUGCUGCCACCUGUUUAAGCAAAUGGCAUGGGCAGAGAAAUGCACAUUGGAAUAGUGUAAAAAAAAUGAACAUGCAAGCUGAGCUAGACAUAAUUGAUCAGAAAGAAUGGGAAAUCCACACAGUACUGCCAUUUGCAGCAAGAGUCCUUUUGUUUUCUGACCAAAGCUUGAAGAGAGGGGAAUACCACUGGCAAAGCCUUCCCAUCUUGCAGGCUGUCUUUCUGAGGCUAUAGGAACACAAGAUCAGCCAUGAUCCCUCAUGUCUAAAAUAUCUACCCGCAAAGCAUCUUUGUAGAUUAAAGUUUUUGUUGCUUCCCAGAUCACAGGCGAUCUAAUGCUGUGGACUUUAAUAAAACCUGUUUUACUGGGA